AUGAUCACCACGCGCAGUAACUUUGGCUUAGAAGUCCUGAACGACCACUUUUUUGCUGUGGGAGGGUACAACGGCGUCAACACCACAUGGAGCGUGGAGACGUAUGACCCCCUGAUGGACCGCUGGAGCGAGGCCCAAGCCACCAGCCUGUUCCGCAGCGCACUCAGCUGCUGCGUCAUCUCUGGUAUUCCCAAUAUGGCCGACUACACAGUGGCUCGCGACAUGAUCCCUCUGCUCGAUGUGGACGCUGACAAAAACGAUAUUGUUUUGUGCUCGUAA